CCGAUUAUUCUGUCCCGUCUUGUGUGGCACUGAUUCACUGAUUGCAACAUCGCGCACUAUUUACUUUUCUAUUUUUUACUUAAUUCUUCUAAAUUCGCCAGUUUAAGGUACACAUUUUCUCGGUUUUUCUAAUUGUUCGUGACGUUAUCGAAACAGUAGUCUCACAUGAUACAGUGACGAGUUCUAUCGCGCGAUAAUCAACCCCAUCAUUCACAUUCAUGGUCAGUGUGAAUUGACGGUUCACUGAGUUCCUGCAAAAAAUUUUGAAUUUAAAAGUGAUAUCUCUCCGUAAGCAAGUAUGUUCUCGUGGAUGAGUAAAGAUGACUCAAGGAAGUCUCCAGAAAUUUGCGAAACAGUAUUGGAAGGCCUCAAGAAAGUAUACAAAUCCAAACUACUGCCUCUAGAAACUGCCUAUCAGUUUCACGAUUUCCACUCACCGCAGCUAGAUGAUCCAGAUUUUGAUGCUAAGCCCAUGAUCCUGUUGGUGGGUCAAUACUCCACCGGUAAAACUACAUUUAUCAAGUAUUUGUUAGAGCGUGAUUUUCCUGGUAUCAGAAUCGGGCCAGAACCAACAACUGAUAGAUUUAUUGCGGUUAUGUAUGAUGAGAAAGAAGGAAUUAUUCCAGGAAAUGCCCUUGUUGUAGACCCUAAGAAACAAUUCCGGCCUCUCUCUAGGUUUGGUAAUUCAUUUUUAAAUAGAUUGCAAUGUUCCUUAGUUAAUUCUCCUGUACUCAAAGGUAUCUCAAUUGUGGAUACGCCCGGUAUCCUUUCGGGUGAAAAGCAGCGAGUUGACCGUGGAUAUGACUUCACUGGCGUUUUAGAAUGGUUUGCGGAACGAGUGGAUAGAAUCAUUUUGUUAUUUGAUGCCCACAAACUGGAUAUAUCUGAUGAGUUUAGACGUGCUAUUGAAGCCUUGAAAGGUCAUGACGACAAAAUUCGGAUUGUGCUGAACAAAGCAGAUAUGGUGGAUCAUCAGCAACUGAUGAGAGUUUAUGGAGCCCUCAUGUGGUCUCUAGGAAAAGUUCUUCAAACCCCUGAAGUAGCUCGAGUAUACAUUGGUUCCUUUUGGGACAAACCUCUUCGAUAUGACGCAAAUAAACGGUUAUUUGAAGAUGAAGAGCAAGAUUUAUUUAAGGACCUGCAGUCUCUUCCUCGAAAUGCAGCUCUACGAAAACUGAAUGAUCUCAUCAAAAGAGCAAGACUGGCAAAGGUGCAUGCUUAUAUCAUCACUGCCCUUCGGAAAGACAUGCCCUCAAUGUUUGGAAAAGACGCAAAAAAGAAGGAAUUAAUCAAGCAUUUAGAUACAAUCUAUGACCAAAUCCAAAGAGAACACCAAAUUUCACCUGGAGAUUUUCCAGAUAUCAAAAAAAUGAAGGAAACAUUACAACAUCAAGAUUUCACAAAAUUUCAACCUCUCAAACCAAGAUUGUUAGAGGUAGUCGACAAAAUGUUAUCAGAUGACAUUGCAAAACUUAUGGCUCAGAUUCCUGUUGAAGAACUUACCACAGAGGCAAAGGCACCUGUUUCAGCAAUUACUUGUGUAGGUGGAGCAUUCACCAAAGUGGAAGAUGAUGACAAUCCAUUUGGUUACAUGAAAGGAGAGGGUAUCAAUGCAGGUCAUGGCGAAAGUGAUUGGAUUGUAGCCAAAGAUCGUUACAAGGUUGAUGCUAUCUUCAAGGAAUUGGGCCCAGUGGAUGGAAAAAUUUCUGGUGCUGCUGCAAGGCAAGAAAUGAUCAAGUCAAAAUUACCCAACUCAGUACUGGCAAAAAUUUGGCGGCUUUCUGAUGUUGAUGAUGACGGUUUCCUUGAUGAAGAUGAAUUCGCUCUUGCAAUGUAUCUGAUUAAACUCAAAGUUGAUGGACAUGAUUUGCCGCAGCAAUUGCCCGAACACCUAGUUCCACCAUCAAAACGAGAUUCAUAAAUGACUCUCAGAAAAACGACCCAGCAUCGUUACCAACUCUACGCAGAAGCUUCAGUGUAAGCUUCAUCAUUAUUUUUCCUUGUGAUUCUCUUGUGAAAUAUUUAAUGUCCUUUCGCAUAAAAAAUAUGUUGCUUUUGAAAUUGUAUUGAUUUUUUAAAGUUUAUUAUGUAUUUAUUUCAUUUAAUAUAAAUAGGUAGAAAUUGAUGUAUCUGUAGAUACUAUGUCUUACAAUUAGUUUUGUUAUUAUUUAAAUAAUUUUUAGCUUGAGAAGAUAAACCUCAUUUGUUUGCUGACCUAUAUUUAUGUGAAUGCUUUAAUGUGCACUAAGUGACCUUAAAUAUUUCAUGUUGUUAUCUUUUGAGUCAAUGUUUAGGAAGCCAUCUCAAUCUUACCUCUCCUUUAUUUAUAUUUUUUCCCCAUUUUUUUAGUAUAAAUAAUUUUUAAAAUGUAGAAAAUUGUUUAUAAGUUUAGCCCUCAUAUUAACCCUUCCCUCAUAACUAUCUUUAUUACAACAAGCCCAUUUCUGUUUAUGUAUUUAUUUUACUCUGGCUAUCUUGAGCAGGGCUCCGCAUGUUGUAGUUCAAUAUUCGAAUUGUUGUAAGAUUUUCUUGUCUCUCUCUUUCAUUGGUGAAAUUGACUAAUCAUGAACAGUAAAAUAAUGGUGAGCAUCUCAGUUGCCCGAGUAAGAACAAAAUUUUAGUUUGCUGUAAGAGUCCUGGAACGAUGAGAUUCAGUCUGUUAAAGAAACAGAGAUAUCUGCUGAAUUUUUAGUUCUAAAAUUUUAAAAACUAAGCAGCAUAUCUGAUUGAUUUUAAAGUUCGUAGCUUUUAGAUAUUGAACAAUCAUAGAGUAGAUAUUUUCAUAAUCGAAUGUAAUGUAUUCAAAAUCAUUGAGCUGCUGUUUUUGAUUAUGGACCAGCCUGGCAAAUUUAAAUAAAGACUAAGUAGUUUUAGAGGUACCAGAAAAAUCUGCCUUUGAUAGCCAUUCAAUAAAUACUUUGUUGGUGCAGUGUAGGUCUUCAUCAACCAAAUAAAGCCCCUGAAAUCAAUGAUAAAACUGAAAAAUGUAAUAAUUAUUUCUCAUAUAUUAACAUGCAGGCAGUGGAUUCUCUUGGAUGCAACAAAAUCAAAGAAAAUCAAGAUAUAGUUCAAUAUAGAGGAGGAGUAAGGUGUCACUGUCUAUUACAGCUUGGCAGUUUCAUUUUGGGGACUUACUUUGGUUGGUUGGAAUAGAAAUGAGUUUGACGAGUAGCAAUUCCUUUUCUCCUUCCUGUUCUCAUCUUGCCAGACUUCAUUUUUCUUUAGACUUCAUUUUUCUUUAUUCUUUGAAGGGAAAGGUUUCAAAUGCUGAGGUUGAGAUGGUUUCCUUAUUGUGAUCUUUACUGUGUGUAGCUAAAGUAAUUUUAAUUUUUCUAAAUCAAUUAACAAAAAUUUAAGGUUGAAGUCCAAUGUAAUAAAUAGAUCGUGUAUCUUCCAUCCUUUUCCAUUGAGGGUAUAAGUAAUCUUCAACUAAUGUAAGUAAGGACAGUUCUGUACAAAAGUCAUUCCCAGCUAAAGGUGCUCCUUUAAAAAAUUAGGAAAGCGAUUUAGAUUCUUAAGUUUUGAAUCCAAAGAGAAAAGAAAAUGCAGGUGUUCAAGUAUGUGAUUGGAUUUGUGAUAAUUGAGGGGAAAAAUACAAAUGUUUGUCCAAUCUCCAUCUUUCAUUAAUCCCGCACACAGUCUCUUCUAGGUAAAUUUAUGCAUUUCCAUUUUGAAGAAGAAAUAUCUUCUGUCCUGCUCCCUUUUCAGAGGGAAAAGUUUCAGAAAGAUCUAACACCGUCAGGAGUGCCCUGCAAUUAGAGGUUUUUCUUUUUUCAAAUAUAUCAUCCCAACUAUGAUUCUUAAGAAAACGAAACAUUGUAUCUUCAUUUUCAAUGACAAGAGGAUAUCAAAAGACAAGAAUGACUCAAUACUUAAGACAAAAUUUGAACUGUCCCGCAAGGUUUUUUUUCCUCCUUUCUUACGUUUUCCUUUCGUUUUGAGUCUCCAAAACUAUAUCAUUGUAUCUUCUAUUUUUUUUCUGGAGACAUAUCGCUAAAUUUUUCAUACAGACCUUAAAAAUCAUUUGAAAUUAUUUGUCUUGCCAAAUUUGACUGCAAAUCUCAGGCCAAUUUUUUAUUCAAGGCUCAGGUCUUUUUUAUAUAAACGUUCAAUUUUUUAUUUUUUUCCGCUGAUAUGCUUUUAUUUUUUGCCUUAUUCAGGAGUCUAUCAUAACCGUACCUUUUUUAACAUGGAACAUGUGAAUUUGCUCUAAAGGCUUACAGUAAAUUUUUGUUUGAAACAGUUCUCUGUACAUCCCCCCCUCUUUCUAUUUUGUUUCAUACCGGUGAAAGUUCAUGAAAAAUACUUUUUGAUACUAUGUAUAAAUUAUCUGAUGGUUUUAUAUCCAAUUCGAUCAUAAAUUUUGUGUAAUACAGCCCUAUAUUUUUCAAACCAAAGAAAAAUUGACUGCUUUUCCUUACCAAGUUGAGAGAGAGAACCUGAGACAUUUGAAUGCUUUUCUUAGAGCAUGAUCAAGGAGAAAAGUAUAUCCCGGCCCAGAUCAUUUGUGCAUUGGAAAAGUGCUUUUCAGUACUUAUUUUCAUGAUCAAUGAUGUUUUCCCUGAGAUUGCAGACACUUACCUUGUUUGUUCAUGGAUGGAAUCCAGAGUUAUGAAAUUGUAUCUUUCCAUAACUUCUUGCUAGUUUUCUAUCCAGUCAAGUCAUUUUUCUUUUCAAAAAUUCAAAUAAGAAAAGGAAUUGAAGUAUUGCUUGCUUGAAGUGGCUUACAAUUUAGUAUGAACCUUACUCACUUCAUCCAUUAUUAAAUUGUUUGCCGACAGUCAGCAAUUUGUACCAAAUUAUUGUAAUACAAUUAUCAUUUCAUAUCUCUCAUCCGACUUUAUAUUUCAAAUAAAAGUCUGUGCCUGGUCCAUCAAUACUUCAAAAUAAACUCCUCACAUCUUCUGAUGAAAUUAUAUGCGAGAGAAAAAAACUUUAAGCUGAAAUAGAAUAGUGUGUGUAGAAAAAACUACCUAUCAUAUUAUCGAAUUUUUGGAACUAAUCCAUAUUUUUCACGCCUCUCUCUUUUGAGGAGCCCAGGUCUUAUCUAACUCAUCAAAGCAUAUCAGUUUUCAUGUAUUAUGUUUCUUUAUAUUCUUAUUAAUUUCAUCUUCUCUCUCAACCACUUUCCCAUUUAGUUCUUCUUUAUUAUAGAAGUGAUAUUAUGAUUCAUAAUAAAGUUGCUGACUCUCUCUUGAAUCAGUUUCGACAAUUUUGUAUCCAAAUAACCAUAAUUUUAAUUUUCAGAACAUUUUUUUGUUCUUCUUUACCUGCAUUCAUCUUCAUAUGUUGAUUGAGUGGUUAUUUAGUGUAUUUUCCGAAGGGAAUGCUUUAUUUUUUUUUAUGAUUUUAUUUAUUUUUGUUUUUUCCUUUUUUUAUAAAUAUUCAAUUUGAACGGAGUGAAGCAUUAUAGGUAAAGUAAAACUAUUUAUUUUUGAUAACUGUGCAUGAAUAUUGAAAAUAAAUUAUUUUGCAAUAAUGUAUUGUA